AUGGAAGAAGCAAACCUCACGGGGACCUCCGAGUUCCUGCUCCUAGGCCUCUCAGAGGACCCUGAACACCAGCAGCUGCUGUUUCUCCUCUUCUUGACCAUGUACCUGGUCACAGGACUGGGCAACCUGCUCAUCAUGCUGGCCAUCGCCACCGACACCCGGCUCCACACGCCCAUGUACUUCUUCCUGGCCAACCUGGCCUUUGUGGACAUCUGCUUCACCUCCACCACCAUUCCCAAGAUGCUGGCCAAUCACGUGUCAGGGCACAAAGGGAUCCCUUACGCGGGCUGCCUGACUCAGAUGUUCUUCUUCAUCUGGUUUGCAGGCAUCGACAGCUUCCUGCUGACGGCCAUGGCCUACGACCGCUACGCAGCCAUCUGUCACCCUCUGCACUACACCUCGUCCGUGACGCCACAUCUCUGCAGCCUCCUGGUGGUGGCCUCCUGGGUGGCCGCCUUUGGCAAUGCCCUGACCCACACGGUGUUACUGACCCGCCUCUCCUUCUGCACCCACAACCAAGUCCCACACUUCUUCUGUGACCUCAGUCCUCUGCUGAAGCUGGCCUGCUCGGACGUCUUCCUCAACAACGUGCUGGUGUACACCGUGGGCGCCCUGCCCAUCAUCACGCCAUUCUUGGGCAUCUUGGUCUCCUACACCCGCAUCUUUGCCGCGGUGCUGAAGAUCCCAUCCGCCGGAGGGAAGCGGAAGGCCUUCUCCACCUGCGGUUCUCAUCUCUCUGUGGUGUCCCUGUUCUACGGGACGCUCAUUGGGGUUUAUUUCAGCCCCACGUCCUCUCACACGGCCCAGAAAGACACAGCUGCUGCAGUGAUGUACACGGUGGUCACCCCCAUGCUGAACCCCUUCAUCUACAGCCUGAGGAACAGCGACAUGAAGGGCGCCCUGGGGGCUCUCGUUAGCAGGAAGCCAGCUUUCAUGCAGUGA